AUGGCUUCAAUAGACCAAAUAAAUAAUAGAAGUGAAACUUCUAAUGAUCGUCAAAAAAGAUUAAAUCAGAUUAGACAAAGAAAUUACAAAAGAAGGCGUAUUAAUAAUAAUAUUGAUAUUCGUUAUGACUUAGGAAGUAUAAAUCAGUUAUGCUUAAAUUGUGGUGCCAAAUUAUUGCCUCUGCUUAACCCACCUCCAUAUUUGAUGAAUCUCUAUACUUCAUCAGAAUCUGAAGCUAAUUCUUUUCGUAAAAAUGUUAGAAGUUAUAACAGUUUAUUAGCUUACACAUCAUUUGGUACUAAUGUAAAUGAUGAAUUUCAAAGUAAAGGAGUAUCUAAUUUCAGCAUUCAUGGUCAAGUUUAUCAUCUUAUUGGACCAUUAUUACCAAAAGAAGGACAAGUAUCUAGAUUUGCUCAACUAUAUAUAUAUGAUACUGAAUAUGAAAUUAGAAAUUGUCUUAAUCUUAUGCAAAAUUUAAAUGCAACAAUUCUAAAAAACUUACAAAAUAUGCUUAAUAUAAUCAAUCCCUAUAUUCAUAUUUUUCGACAAGCACGAGAUAUUUUUCAGACAUCUGAAACUUCUAAUAUAUCAAUGCUAAUUCAUAAUAAUCGUAUACAAAAUUUAUAUAGUUAUAGUGUACCUACAUCAUCUGAAGUUGCAGCACUUAUGAUAGGAGAUAAACAUGAUAUUGAACCAUUAAAUCGUGAUAUUUUGCUUAAAACUCGUGAAGGAGGUUUACAAAGAAUAUCUGAACUGCAUCCCUCUUAUGAUGCCUUGCAUUAUGUAUUAUUAUUUCCAAAAGGUGAUGAUGGUUGGCAUACUGAUAUUCCUCUUACAGAACCUGGAGCAAGAAAAAGAGUAACACAAAUGCAAUUUUAUUCUUACAGAUUACAAAUUAGGAAUGGUGACUGA